AUGGUGAGAGUAAAGAUUGCAGAUUUGGGAUUAUCGAAAAUAGUGGAUCAUGAUACAAUCAAGCACUCCAAGGUUGGAACUCACUAUUAUCUUCCACCAGAAGUCAGACAACAAACCACUGAAGAAAUUAUACCAGAGAAAAUUGAUAUUUGGAGUUUUGGAAUUCUGGUUUUCAGAUUAUUGUCCAGAGAUUUUACGUAUGAUGUGGCCAGCAAGUUGGUCAAUAGUAAGGAGAAGGAUUUUUGUGAGGAUGUACUGAUGAAGAUGAUUCAGAAUAAUGAAAAUGUUGAUUGUGGGGUUGUGACUAAUUUUGUAACAUUUCUCACACCAACACUCAAAUUGAAACCAAGCGAAAGGUAUAAUUCACUGGAUUUAUUCGAUUUAUGUUUCAAUAUUCCAAAUAAUGAGUCGUAUGUCGAUCAAGAUACUAUUGACCUACUUGUUGAUUGUAGAGUUGAUCCUUUGAUAAUUGGAAUUUGUUACUUUUCUCUCAAACAGACAGAAAAAUCAAUUCACUAUCUCGAAAAAGUAUUAGAGAACAAAACAGAAAAUAACAAUAGUGCAGAGAAGGGCUUUGCAUGUGCAAUCAUGGCCUUUAUAACACUGUUCAAUGGUAAAAACAGAACCAUUGUUAAUUCAGAGAAAGAAUACAAAGUCAAUCCUGACUUUUUGAGAUAUAUUGAAUAUGUGGAGAAAUAUUCAAUUACUUUCAAGCUGUAUCAUUUGUUAAAAUCAAAGCAAUAUUUUAUGAGCCAGCAUUAUGAAAAAUCUAUAGAACAUGCAGACCAAUGUAUAGAACAUAUUGGCUCUGCCUCUAGUUUGAAAGCUUGUUGCUUGCAUGGUUUAGGUUAUUAUGAUAAAGCACUUGAGGUUAUGAAGAAAAUCAACCCAAAAACUGAAAUGGAUUACAGAAACAUGUCAUAUAUUUAUUUGGUUGAAUAUCAAAAUUAUGAGGAGGCUUUAAAGUGUGCAAAUAGUGCACUAGAACUCAAUCCAGGAGUUCCUGAUUUUUAUUUACUGAAAGUAUGCUGCCUCGCAAGUGCUGCUCCAAGUGAGGCUCUUACUUGUUUGAAGAAUGCUCGAAAAUUAAUUGGAAAAGUAGGUGUAUAUUACUAUCACAAGGGGAGAAUCUAUUUGAAUAUGGGGAGAUUGGAAAUGGCUCUUUCUAAAUUAAAUAAGGCCCAAGAAUUAGGUGAGGAGAGUAUGAAUUUGAUUGCAGUUUUGGAAAUGGCAUUGGGUAGAUUACCUGAAGCUCUUAUUUCAAUCAAUAGAUAUUUAGAAAAGUAUCCAAAUAAUAUUACAGCCCAUAACAACAAGUUCAAGAUAUUAAUCAUGCAAAAUUUGACAGAGGAGGCGAAAAUUGAGCUAGAAUUAAUUGAACAUCUCAAACGUCUCAACAUCAAAACUGAAAAAACCAUCAAACAACAAUUGUAUUUUGAAAAUGACAAACCUCCCAUCUCAAACAUCUCAAACACGAAUAUUAAGGAGUGUUAUUUUGUUUCCAAAAACCAUACCUUCAAAAGAAAGAUUAAAUUUAACUCUGUGGAAGAUCUUUUGAAGCAAUGCAGAAAAGAAUUUCAAGACGAAACAAUCACCACUUUUAUUGACGAAAAUUCACAAGUAUGUGAUUUAAAAUUUGGAACUUUUAUACAUGGAAAAACCUAUACUGUUACUGGUGAUUUGUAUAUGGAACAAACUUCAUAUAUGAGCUCGCUAAUGAAUUAUCUUUUCCAAAAACGGUAA